CCGGGCUACCGAGCCGCUAAAGUAAAGCAGUCUUGACAAUUUGGAACUAUUAUAAGUGACUUCAGUCAAUGUCUCGGUUAUACAAAGGGAACCUUGGGACUCUGGUUUACCCGAAUGAAGACUAAAACGGUCCUGGAGGGUUGCGGUGUCUGCAGAUAUGGAGCUGACUGUAUCUUCAGAAGUUGCAACAGCUUGAUGUUUCCAGUGAAGAUUGAUUAACAAUCACUACCAUAGCCCUCCGAAUGUCAGUCAUGGAAUUGUAUGCACUUCUUUGACCAACGCCUCCAAGAUGUGAUGAUGGAAGAAGCGUGUAGCCCCAUCGCUAAGCACAAAGACCCAAAUGGAUUUGUGAACAGGGUGUUCAAUGUUUCCCUGGAUGUUGAGAAUGUGACAGGCGCAGUGCAGAUCCAGGACCCUGGGCAGGGGGACGCCCCAGCCUCCGGUCCAAGCCAGGAGGAUGGGGAGAGGGUGGCAACUGGCAGAAAGCCCAGAACAGCUGGGAUCUGGAGGAUUCUCACGCGGAGGAAAACCACAAUUGGGUCUGAGAGGCGGCCCCACUCCAUGAUCCUCCCUGGGGAAAAUUCCCCGCAACUGUCAUUUGUUGACAAAGUCAGGUCCUUCAAGAAGCUGAAGCCCCCCUCUAUUUUCAAGGAGAGGUCCUUCAAGCUGUAUGGGGUGAAAUGUGGCAGUACUCUCAAAGAUGACCCUGAUAUCCAAUCUCCCAGCCGGGAAUACCCAGGCCAAACACAUUCUCGGAGAAGACCUUUCAGGAGCAAAGGCAAAAGGCACUCUUAUGCUGGCCGAACAAAGGAAUUUGACUGCUCAUUCGAGGAUGUGGACCUCACAAGGCCCUCAGAAAACAACCAACAACUGCCUCACGACAUGUCCAGCAGUCAGAAUGGAAGCAAAGGGGCGCCCAACUCAAAGGUGAAAGCACACCCCAACUUCUCAAACAGCAACAACUCAUCAGCCCAUGAUGAGCAUCCUUGGAGGGACUGCCCCAAGACGCCCCAGGGUGGGAGGAGAUUGCGUGGAGCUGAUGUCUGGGGCUACCUGAGAAAAAUCUCCCUCAUGGGAAAAGGAUCCUCUGGCAUGUCUGGGAAAAGUUUUGACUCAGAGCUUCACACCCUGGACAAGACAAUCGAUUCAGAUUGUGCCUCCGCAGACUUCGAGUGCAUCCGAGAUCACAGCCCUCCACCUGCAGCACCUGCUGCUGACAGCAAAGGUGGCCAUUUCAGAGGCCUCUUCAGGUUCUUCAGUAGCGUGGCUGAGACAGCCAGGAAGUGGAGGAACUCUGCCCAGUCCUUCUCCCCUCCUGAGGGAGAGAGGUCCCAAUUGGGUUCCCCCUGUUCUCAGAGGUCUGGACUUUUUGCCCAUAACGUGCCUUUACACCCAGGGAACGAGGACAAGGGUGCUACAGCCAUGUCCCUGAACUCAAAUUCAGGUGAGGCCUUGUCUCUUGACAGUCUUGAACAAGGUUCUCCACAGGUGGUCUUGAGGUCAUGGAAGACUUGCUCAGAUUCCCAAGGCUCCAACGGCCACCUCAUGGACCUUGCGGUAAAUUUAGGAUCUCCGCCUGGGUCACCUUGCUCGCCUAAGUCCCCAGUGGAGCACCAUGUUAGGUGUGAGAUUCCAGAGAGCAGGGCUCUCUUGGAGAUGGAAACUGGGUCAAGUUGCAACACUACUGAGGACGCAGAAGAUACAGGAAAUUAUAGGAAUAUUGCAGAUAUCUCUGUCUCGGUCUCUGCCGGUCCAAGACAGGAUCAAGAGAAUCAAAGGGAUGCAGGAGGCACAGAAACCUGCUCAAAUACAGACUAUGCAUCAGAGGGCUUAAUGACUGCACUAAAGUGCCGGGUCCUGCUCUCCAGGUGUUUGCCCUCGGUCCUCACGCCUUGGAUGUACCGGCUGGGCUUUGUUCAGGGAGGGGCAGUCCUGCUGACCUGGGCGGUGUCCCGGUGGCAGCCACCUCUCCGACGUGGAGGGAACGCCGCCCGGUCUCCGUCUAUACCCCGCAGUUGA